AUGGAUGAUAUAUAUUCACAAAUGACUGAUAAAUUUAAUUGCGAUUCUUCUAAUAGAACAGAUGAUUACUUUAUGCAAGUUUGUCAACCAUUAUCUUCAAAUAGAUGUUAAUAAAUAGAAGAGAUUGAAUUCAAAUUUAGAUAAUCAAAAUAAGAUUAUGUGUUUCCUAGAAUACCUUUUGAAGAAACACCUGAUAAAUAUUAAACAAUUCAAUCUCCACAUCGUUUAAAAACAGAAGGAAAUGAAAAAUCAGAGGAUCAAUUAGAUCUAAAUUUUAAUUUUAAUAGUUCAUCUGAGCAUAUAUCAGAUGAUGCAGUUGUAUUAUAGCCAAAAACUUAUUAAUAAAAAUUAAAGCCUCCUUAACCUAAAAAGCCCAAAAAUACAGUUACAUAAUAAACAUAUAGAACCAUCUUAAAUGAUUUAGAACGCAAGUUGCAUACUAUAAAUUGCAAAGAUUUUAUUAAGAAAAAAUAUGAAUAAAAAGGUGCCUCCAGAGCUAAGAGCAAUUCCAACAGUACAACACAUUAUAAUAGUCAUUAUCAACGGAAGUAUAAGUAAAAAAAAUCAAAGACCCUUUGAAAUAGAUACCAAAACCUCCUCUGUGAAGAAGUCCAUUCCAACAGAAUCUAAAAAGUCACUUAGUAAAACCACUCUCGCAGCCAUAUUAUUAAAAUAGAAAAGUAAGAGCAACCCUUCCAAGACCAAUAAUAUCUUUAAUGUUAAUAAUAGUCAUAUCAAUCUUAAUGUUAAUAUUAAUAGUUAAACUAUGGAUUUAUAAUAAUAAGCAUUAACUGUGGCAUAAAUACUACAGAAAAAAUAAUUGCUAAAUCGCUCCUCUUUAUCAAGUUAUCAGAGAAAUUCUAAUAGAUGUUCUACUGAACCUUUAGAAGAAAUGAAAGCAAGACUAUCCAAUAAUCAUUAAAAAAAUAAAACUACAGUUACAAACUAAUCCAGAUGUAACACUGGAAUGGAUGUAAGAGCAUAAAGUACUAUCUAAUAUUUAAAUUAAAUGAAAAAAUAAUAAAUUAAAAAGCAUUAAAAACAAUAAUAAUAAUAAUAAAUCUAAUAAAAACAACAACCAACUAUGUAAAUUAAACCUUAAUAAAAUAUAAAACAGUAAAAAUUUUAUAAAAUAAAAUAGGAGAUCAAGUACAAAUACUUCUAAACCAAGAAUAUCAUCUGGUAAAUAUAAAAAAUAUAAUUUAUCUAUAUAAAUGAAUUGA